CUCGCUGUGUCGCGCGGCAUAUCCAGCGAAAGAGAAGCCAAGCACCGAACUUCCACCAACUUACACCCCCCGCUUCUCUCUUGUUCGCUCGCUCGCUUGGCUCGAUUUCUUUUGAUUUUUCCCUAAAUUUUUUCCGCCAGAUCCGAUCGCCGAGGGCCCUUCCAGAUCCGAAGCACUAACCCUAGGGAGAAUCUUUUUAGGUUCUCCUCCCUGGGGAGCGAGAUGGAGGAGGCGAUGGAGAUGGCGCGGGCGAAGGACACGAAAGAGCGGAUGGCCGGGGUGGAGCGGCUUCACCAGCUAUUGGAGGCGUCUACGAAGAGCCUGUCGUCGGCCGAGGUCACGGCCCUCGUCGAUUGCUGCACGGAUCUCCUCAAGGACAACAAUUUCCGGGUCUCCCAGGGCGCGCUCCAGGCGCUGUCCUCCGCUGCUGUGCUCUCCGGGGAGCACUUCAAGCUCCAUUUUAAUGGUCUCGUGCCCGCCGUCGUCGAGAGGCUUGGUGAUGGGAAGCAGCCCGUCCGGGAUGCUGCCCGACAGCUUCUGAUCACCCUCAUGGAGGUUUCAUCACCCACGAUCAUUGUUGAAAGAGCUGGGGGUUAUGCUUGGAUGCACAAAAGUUGGAGAGUUCGGGAAGAGUUUGCGCGUACAGUUACAACAGCAGUUGGUCUUUUUGCUACUCUUGAGCCUACUCUUCAGCGAGUUAUACUUCCUCCUGUUCUGCAAUUGCUGAAUGAUCCUAACCAUAGCAUUAGGGAAGCUGUGACCUUGUGUAUUGAGGAGAUGUAUAUACAUGUUGGACCUCAAUUUCGUGAAGAAUUGCAGCGUUACCAUCUUCCUUCAUCCAUGAUGAAAGAGAUGAAUGCCAGGUUAAAAAAAUUAGAACCAAAGGUUCGUCCAUCCGAUGGAGUUGGAACUCAUUUUAUUUCUACAGAACUGAAAUCAUUCACUUCUACUCAGAAAAGGAGCAGUCCAAAGACCAAGAGCAUUCCAAGGGAAUCCUUGUUCUCCGGAGUUUCAUAUGAAAUUAAAGGAGAAACCGAUGUUACUGAGAAGCCAGUAGACCCAAUUAAAGUGUACUCCGAAAAGGAAUUGAUCAAGGAAAUCGAGAAGAUUGCAUCUACUCUAGUACCAGAAAAAGACUGGUCACUUCGAAUAGCUGCCAUGCAAAGAGUUGAAGGCCUGGUCUUUGGAGGUGCUGCGGAUUAUCCAUCAUUUCCUAUGCUUGUAAAGCAGUUAGUUACUCCUCUAAGCACUCAGCUAUCAGAUCGACGUUCUAGCAUAGUAAAGCAGGCCUGCCAUCUGCUAUGCUUAUUAUCGAAGGAACUUUUGGGGGACUUUGAGGCCUGUGCUGAGAUGUACAUUCCGGUGCUUUUUAAGCUUGUGGUGAUAACUGUUCUUGUGAUUGCCGAGUCUGCAGACAACUGCAUAAAAACUAUGCUGCGUAACUGCAAGGUUGCUCGUGUUCUUCCUCGGAUAGCUGAUACUGCAAAGAAUGAUCGGAAUGCAGUUCUUCGUGCUAGGUGUUGUGAAUAUGCACUUCUAAUACUAGAGUACUGGGCUGAUUCUCUGGAAAUACAUCGUUCGGCUGAUCUUUAUGAAGAUCUUAUAAAGUGCUGUGUGGCAGAUGCAAUGAGUGAGGUGCGUUCAACUGCACGAAGUUGCUAUCGGAUGUUUGCAAAAACUUGGCCAGAGCGUUCACGUCGUCUUUUUUCAUCCUUCGAUCCAGUCAUUCAAAGGAUAAUAAAUGAUGAAGAUGGAGGUAUGCACAAGAGAUAUGCUUCUCCUUCACUUCGUGACAGAGGCACACCGCUAUCACGUGCUCCUUCUCAUGCUAGUACUCCAAGUGUACCUGGAUACGGUACUUCUGCCAUUGUUGCAAUGGACAAAAGGGCAAACAUUGCUUCAGGAACAUCUCUUUCUUUGGGCGGCCUUCCUUUAUCACAAUCAAAGCCUCUUGGUAAAGGUUCUGACAGAAGCCUUGAAAGCAUGCUUCAUGCAAGCAAACAAAAGGUUUCGGCCAUUGAAAGUUUGUUGAGAGGAGUUGACUCUCCAUCUGUUCAUGAUCCACCAUUUACCAUGGUUGCUCCUGCUUCAAAUCAUCUCUCUUUACAGAAUCUAGUGUUGACUGAUUCAACUACAGGUAACACUGUGAGAGGUGGUACAAGGAAUGGCGGUUCAAAUUUCACCAAUCCCACAAACCCUCAGAUUCAAGUUUCAAGGGACCUUUCCAAAUUUUCUUAUGCCAGUCAUCGGUCAUCUGAUUCCUUAUCAGCCUUGUCUUUGCCUUACAUGAAAAGAUCAUCUGAAAGGCUGCAAGAGGGAAGUGCUAUGGAAGAUAAUGCUGAUGUCAGACCAUCUAGGCGAUUACCUGACAUGCAUAUAGAUAGGCAGUAUCUUGAGACACCUUACAAGGAUUCACAAAGUAAUUAUGUUCCUAAUUUUCAGAGGCCUCUUUUGAGAAAGCAGGUGACAGGAAGAGCUUCUGCAAGUGGUAGAAGCAGUUAUGAUGAUAACCAAUUCUUAGUGAGUGAAAUGUCUAAUUAUAUGGAUGGUCCAGCAUCUUUAAAUGAUGCACUCACUGAGGGUCUGAGUCCAAGUUCAGAUUGGGUAGCUAGGGUUUCUGCUUUUAGUUAUCUCCGGACUCUGUUGCAGCAAGGGACCAAAGGUAUUCAAGAAGUUACACAAAGCUUUGAGAAAGUCAUGAAAUUGUUCUUCCGAUACUUGGACGAUCCUCACCACAAAGUUGCACAGGCAGCUCUUUCCACUCUAGCGGAAAUUAUUCCAGCAUGCAGAAAACCUUUUGAGAGUUAUCUUGAGAGAAUCUUACCGCAUGUCUUUUCUCGAUUGAUAGACCCGAAGGAGUUGGUUAGGCAACCAAGUUCAACAACCUUGGAAAUUGUUGGUAGUACUUACAGUAUUGAUUCACUGCUUCCUGCUCUUGUGCGUUCCCUGGAUGAACAGCGGUCUCCAAAGGCAAAAUUGGCUGUUAUUCAAUUUGCAAAUAACUCCUUCAACAAAUGUGCAAUGAAUUCUGAUGGUUAUAGUAAUAGUGGUUUUCUUAAGCUAUGGCUUGCUAAAUUAGCUCCUUUAGUCAAUGAUAAAAACACAAAACUGAAAGAAGCUUCUAUAUCUGGCAUCAUAUCAGUUUAUUCCCAUUUUGAUUCAGCUGCAGUGCUGAAUUUUAUUCUCAGUUUAUCAGUUGAAGAUCAGAACUCUUUGAGGCGAGCACUUAAGCAGUAUACACCUCGUAUAGAGGUUGAUCUAGUUAAUUUCUUGCAGAAUAAGAAAGAACGUCAGCGUCCCAAAUCUCAUUAUGAUCAGGCAGAUAUUAUUGGAACAUCUUCUGAGGAAGGCUAUGUUGUGACGUUGAAGAAAGGCCACCAUUUUGGUUGGCAUUCAGCAGGUUCAAUUGAUAGUGAAGGAGCGCGAAAGUGGAGUUCUAUGCAAGAAUCAACCCAACCUGAUAUUUCCAUUGCUCAGACAGCUUCUUAUGAAACUCAAAAACAUUCUUAUCAAACUGUUGAAGUUAGCUCAAACAAGGAGGUUCUUGGUCCCAAAAUUGGCGAAUUAAAACUCAAUACUGACUCUACAUUAGACAGUACUGGGUCAAGGACAAUUCACCUAGAAACAGAUCAUAACAUGGAUCAUGAGAGUUCCAUAACAACUCCAUGUUUAGAUUUCAAUAGACUGGUCAGUUCUGAUGGGCACAAGGCUGCUGGUUUGACUCAUGGUGGCGAAGUCAUUCAAAAUAUCGAAAUCAUCGAUGAGAAGCUCAACACUCUUAAGAACAGCCCUACAACAGUUAAUGGACCUAGUAUUCCCCAACUUCUUCAUCAAAUAUGCAAUGGCAAUGACGCUAAUUCUAGUCUUAUAAAACAUGAGGCAUUGCAACGAUUAAUUGACGCUUCAGUGGUUAAGGAUGGUUCUAUCUGGGCCAAGUAUUUCAAUCAAAUUUUAACAGCUGUGCUUGAGGUUUUGGACGAUUCUGAUUCAUCCACAAGGGAACUCUCUCUUUCUUUGAUAGCUGAAAUGCUCAAAAAUCAGAAAGAGGCGAUUGAAGAUUCUGUUGAAAUUUUUGUUGAAAAAUUGCUUCGUGUGACCAAAGACGUGGUUGCAAAGGUUUCAAAUGAAGCACACCAAUGUUUGAAUAUUGUGUUAGCUCAGUAUGAUCCAUUUAGAUGUCUUACUGUUGUUGUACCAUUAUUGGUCAGUGAUGAUGAGAAGACUCUUGUUAUUGGCAUUAACUGUUUAACCAAGCUUGUUGGUCGGCUUUCACAUGAGGAAUUAAUGACUCAAUUGCCAUCGUUUCUACCUGCACUUUUUGAUGCAUUUGGAAAUCAAAGUCCAGAUGUUCGAAAGACUGUGGUGUUCUGCCUUGUGGAUAUCUAUAUCAUGCUUGGGAAAGCAUUCUUACCAUACUUAGAGGGGCUUAGUAGCACGCAGCUGCGUCUUGUUACCAUUUAUGCAAACCGGAUUUCACAGGCAAGGUCUGGUGCUCCAAUUGAUGCUAACCAUUGAUGAGUGUAAUGUAUUGUAUUUUUCCCGAAAAUUUGUUUGAAUGAGCUGGUGCCAUAAUGGUUGUUUAUUCAUUAUUGUGUAUUUGUACAGUAACAUGUGGGUUUUUCUGAGUGGGGUUUUCUUUUUCUUUUCUUUUCUUUUCUUUUUUUUUUGGGGGGGAGGGGGGGGGUUGUGGGUGGUAACGGCUAGAGUGUUGAAUUGUUGGUGUACAAAGGAGUGAAUAGUGGGGUUCUAUGCGUUUUGUAACAUUUGUGUGCAUUCCAAAUGGUUUUUAUUGCCACCAAAAUGAGUGCUGUGCGGCCAAAAUCCAGUUGACCGGGAAGUUGAAACCUUUGAAGAUUGUAGGUGAAGCGGGGAUUGUUUUGUAACUUUUGCUCUUCCAUGACAAAUCUGGAAAAUAUUUUCUUUGUGCAAAGCAAUCGUCAGACAUAGCACCAGGCUUGCCGGGUGUUUUCAGCGGUUUUGCCAAGAGAGAUUCGGUGUGAAUAUAAUUUAGGCUGCAUUUGGUAGCCAUCUUUGUUUUUUUAAUUAAAAAUUUAGAGCCAAGAAUUCUGCUUCGCUUUUUUUUUUCUCGAAAUUGCUGACAACUAAAAGCUUUUUAGGCUGUUAUUUUUCAUCUUUCAAAAAACGAGAAAAUAUGUGUAAUAAGUGAGAGCAGGAAAUCUCUCUGUGAUACUUUUACAUGACGGACUACCAUCGGCUCCAGAAGUGCAAGGUAGAGGAGUUCAAGCUCUUCUUCUCCUUGUCUGCCACCAUUCUGCGAUGUUCUUUGAGGCAGCCAGACUGGGGAAAGCUUUCCCGGGCCUCCACUGGAGAAGGCGGUACGACGUUUACUCUUUGUUCUGCAACUUUUUCUCUUUGUUUCAGGAGUUCUGUCUCCUCCUUUUGUAUCAUCAGAAACAUAUAUAUUAUGUAUGAGGUUUACUCGU